AUGGAUCUCAGCAAUCUGUCGCAGCUGCAGACCGAAGGGGUCAAUCCCCGGACUUCGCACAUUGACCGCUUGUCGACCAUUCAGAUGUGCACUGUCAUUAAUGCCGACGACCACCUGGUAGCGGAAAGCAUUGCGCCUUGUCUACCCGUGAUUGCCGAUGCCAUUGAUGCACUGACUCCACGGGUGCGAGAUGGUGGCAGAGUGGUGUAUGUCGGCGCGGGGACGAGCGGGAGGCUCGGCAUCCUGGAUGCAUCAGAGAUUCCGCCCACUUUUGCCGCACCUCGAUCCCAAUUCGUUGGCCUGAUUGCCGGCGGCGAUGCGGCGAUUCGGGAGGCACAGGAAGGCGCAGAGGACAACGAGCAAGCAGGCGAGGCGGAUCUGGUAAGCCUCAACCUUGACCCUGCGCGAGACUGUGUCAUCGGUAUUGCAUCUUCGGGGCGCACUCCCUAUGUCCUCGGGUGUCUUGCAUUUGCCAAGCGGCUGGGAUGCCUCACGAUUGGGGUCGCGUGUGCUGCUCCCUCGGCCAUGGCUUCAUCGGGAAACGUGGACUACCUCAUUGCGCCCCUUCCAGGGCCGGAAGUGAUCACUGGCAGCACUCGACUCAAGGCAGGCACUGCGACAAAGCUGGUUCUAAAUAUGCUUAGUACUGGCACGAUGAUAAGAACCGGCAAGACCUACGGCAAUAUGAUGGUCGAUAUGGUGGCAUCAAAUCUGAAGUUGAAGCAACGAUCUCGCAACAUGUUGCGCAAGCUGAGCCCGAAAUGUGGUGGCUGGUCAGAUUCCGAAUUGGAUGCCCUCCUUGUCAAGUGCAACGGCAGUGUAAAACUCGCUAUUCUGACUGCCGAAACGGGUCAGUCAGCCGAAGAUUGUGCUCGACAGCUCGAGUGUGUAGGAGGAGUGCUGUCAGAAGCUCUCAUCAGACCUGAAGGGCCACAUUGGUCCGCGAUGCCCGCUCGGAAGUUCGUCCUGUGUGUUGAUGGUGGGGGAACGAAAUGCGCAGCUGUUGUGGCAGAUGAUACUGGCGUUAUUGGCCGUGGGUCUGCUGGCCCAUGCAAUCUAACCGAUAACAUUGGUGGCAUGGACGGAGCUAUGGCCACUUUGUUUGACACCAUAAAAAGUGCGCUAGAAGAUCAGCUACCAGCAGGUGCGGAAUUCACAGAGUCCAUGUGGAAGGAGUAUAUUCGGACAUGCUUCCAUUCCGUCUGGAUCGGUCUUGCUGGCUUGGAUCGGGCUGGAUUCUCCGUCAAUUUGGCACCUAAACUAGAAGAACUGUUUGGGCUGGAUUACAACGCUGGUCAGAUCCGUUUGACCAAUGAUGUGGAUCUCCUAACUGCGGCAGUUGCAACCAGCCAUCAUGCACCCGCAGCCGUCGUCUUGAUUGCGGGAACUGGGAGUGUGGCCAUGCGGUACACCUGGGCUGCCAAACAGGGGUUUGUCCGAGUGGCUCGAUCAGGUGGCUGGGGCCAUCUCCUGGGCGAUGAAGGUGGAGGCUACGCCAUAGGGUUAGAAGCGAUCAAACACACUUUGGUUGUUCUAGAAGAGAUAGCCCUAGGCCUACGAACACAAGAGUUUGGCGAGUUGGAAGAGGGAGUGGUCCAACAGCUCGGAUGCCGGGCCAUAGCGGACAGUAACAUCGACCUUUUGAACGCUGUGCUAUGUCAUCGCAGUGACAAGAGUGUGAAGGCCCGAAUUUCCACCAUCGCGCAGACCGUGCUGAAUCUGGCCGGGUUCAACGAGACUGCUACAGCUAUUGUCGAAAAUCAAGUCGCAUUUCUAGUCAAUAACACGUUCGUUCGGCUGUUCGACCCCAGAUGUCGCGAGUAUACUCCUCCCGAGGAAUGUGAACUGGUACUCUCAGGAGGAGUGAUGAGACAUGCGGAAUACCAGAAAGCACUGCAACGCCGUCUUGCCGAUCGAGGUCUGCGCUUCCGAUCGACGGAAAUAGUUGACGAUGCGGCAUCUGCAGGAGCCAGAUACCUCAUUGAGAGGAAAUAG